GUAGUAUUUGCAUACAAUACAGGGACACAUUCCACAACUCAAUAUUCACCAUUUCAAUUAUUAUAUGGUCGAGAACCAAGAUUGCCUACCGAUGGAAGAUUAUCUUCAUUUACAUUUCGCAAACCAAGUGAUUAUUAUGAACAAUUGAACAAAAGUAUGAAAUUAAUACAUGGAUAUGCUCGUGAAAACAUUAUUCGAAAACAACAGCAGUAUAAAGUUCAGUAUGACAAAUUACGUCCUGAUCCUCAUUAUGUAAUAAAUGAUCGUGUUUUAAUUCGACGACAUGGAUUACAAAAUAAAUUAGAACCAAAAUUUUCAAUUGCACCACAAAAUAUUAUUCGUGCACAACAUCCUGUUUACUUUGUUAGAGAUGAAAUAACGCAAGCUGAAACACAAGUGCAUCUAAAUGAUAUUAGACCUAUUUAUAUUCAAAAGUAA